AUGUCUCACAAUCCUGAUUGCUUGCACAUCGUUCCGGGCCUUCGAUAUCUCCCCAAAGUCUCCCCAAAACCGAUCCUCUCAAAACUUUACGGACAAUCUGCUUUCUCAUUCCUUUUAGCACUCGCAUUAUACGGACUCAUUUGGCAUGUUUCAAUUCGAUUUGAUGUCUUUACGGCUACUUCUUCAGGUCGCGACGCUCAACGUUUCGAAACGCAUGCCACACGGUAUCUCCUGUCCAGACUUGCUAUACUCCAUCUCCAUGGACAACUUUCACGGCGAAAAUGCUCAACCCUCCGAAACAUGAGUUACACGAUUCCACCUGAGUAUUUUGAUUGUUUCAGCGACCCAACGUGGAUUACCCUUGUGGCGAUAAUUUCUGAUAACCUAUCUUUGCAAAGUUUCAAACGCUUCAGUGAUAAUCACACUGCGAUGAGUGAACCCCGGAAGUCUAAAAGUUCCCGUGUAUAUCUGUUUCCAUACAAUCGGUCAAGGCUUUAUCCAAAAACUCCAAGACUAUCUAUUCAUUUCGCUUACCUUAUUAAAAAGUUUGAUUUUCAUAGUAUUACUUGCUGCAAGACUCAAUUCCUAAACAACCAUAAAAUGGAUUUGGUUCAUAAUUCGACUCCCGCUAUGGCUAUUGCAAACAAUCUUCCAGUCGAGAUAGUGCGUUCGAUUCUAAAGGAGGUAAUCUUGGAACUCCCAGUUGUACCUUCCAAUUCCGCCAAUAGUGAAGACUUUCAAUCUCUGCGACACGACUCUGUCAGACGGCUCCUUCAAUUUCGAUUAUUCGGUCAAUCGUGGAACAACACCAUUAUUCCACUUGUGUUUCAAAAUUUACGCCUGACUCGUAAUCCUAUGAUCGACGGUUUGACCAACGCAUGGACGGGACGAUUUAUCACACCGAGCUACCCUCAGCUUCGAACUCUUUACCUCGACGGUAUUUGGUAUUCAAUGCCCGCUCCUACGUCGCUACCUGGGGUAGUCUCGACAUGCGCUCCUUAUCCGUAUGGUUGUUCGAUCCUGCCUGACACUGCGGCAUCAAUCAUUUCACUGUGUGCUACCUCGUUAGUUCGCUUAAAAUUGCGAUAUGUUGAGAUUGUCGGCGUCUCACCUGUUCUUAUAAAUGCAAUCCACGGCGUUUCCAACCUUAAAAAUCUGGAAAUCAUAGGAUCUCAAUCUCCAGACAAGAUGCACGACUACCAUUCUUUGAAAACUCUUUUGGAAGGCACGGUUUCUCUUGAGUCGUUAUCCAUCCUGUUCGGAGCGCUACCAUCGAUGCAAUUACGACGAGGUUCCCUCCCACAUUUGAAACACUUCUACUUAUCUUGCGACAACAAAAAUCGCCGCGCCGGAAUCGACAUCUGCCGCGCAAGAGAGAGACAAAUCGAGUGCUUGGAAUUAUUUCCACCUGGUAACCCCGACCCAACAGCGGACAUUGACAUUACGAUGCGAGUAUUCACAUUCACCCAAACUCCAUCUUUGAUGGCUGAAAUGGCGUAUGCUCGAAACGACUCAUUCUUAAUUGAUGCAUUCGCCGAAAUCGGGAUUAAAUGCCACUUUAUGCCUCCAAUGACCCGAGCUCAGAUCACAAAACUUCCAGACAAACUCCAAAGUUCACAAACACAUUAA